UUUGCCUGUCCUGUAUGGGUCGAAAAAACUAAGAGGUCAAGGUUUCAAUACAGCUAAGGAAGUAACACAAAACAACUUUUAAUUGCUCAAUCGACCCGCCAAUCUAUCGCUAAUCCUUCUCAAUUGGUUAAUACGCUACUGCUGAGAAAUAUACCUUCUGCACGUCAUUAUCUAUUAGAUCGUUUAUUUACGAUCUUACCCGGACCUUGGUUCAAUCAAAACACAUGUACAGUCGUCAUCAGACAUAUCGGAGCGGCUGAGGUGUUCAAAACCAUCUGUGCACGCACUUUAACGCCUUGACAAUAGAGGCGUUUUCAGAUUAUUUAUGAGCACCUUGGCGGCUCUGAUGUAUCUGAUCACGACUGUUCUUACAACGGAAAAAUGAUUAGCGACUAUUUCGCAGAUGCACUGCCCGUAAAUGAAGCUCUCUUCUCUUUGCUGGCUCAGAAUACAACUGCAAUCACCACCGAGAUCGUCGACGUAGCCCCAGAGGAAGUACAGACUUCUCCCGAAUACUGCGCCACGUGCGUCAAAGUGGACUCCAUUUGCUAUAACCGGUCUUACCUCUUCGAGCUCACCGCUAACUUUAGAAAACACGUCGUCAUCAAGAAAAUGGGCAUCCUGAGGUCCAACAACGUCUUGUACUACAGUUUUGAACCGAAACUCGAGGAUCCAGAGUACUUUAAAGUUGCCUACGUAUCUUUAGAUUCACCAGCAUUCUUUAAUGGUACGAUUAAUGAUGGGAAUACAAGCGUCACCUUUAAUUUUUCGGUAUUUGAUUUUAAUCAAAAUGAAAACAAAAUAUAUCUCGGUGGUUCUGAUGGCAUAUGGUCUCUUGAAGACGCUAAUACAGACCGCCCAGUUUUAAAAUUCUUCGCUGCUAAAGGUCAUAAGAUUACUGGUCUCGUUUCUAAGGACUAUGUAUAUUUUACAGAGGUAGAUUCUCAAGGAAUAAUUAAAGAUAAGAAUGGUCACUUUUUUAGAAAAUUAGAAAAUAAAACUAUAGACAAUUUUGUUUUGGAUAAAGAUGUCGAGUAUACAGUGGUUUAUUUACAUUCUACCGGGUUGUAUGCUUACAAUAGUAAAACUAACGAAGAUGUCAGGUUAUCAAUGAAUCGUUUCUUCAGAGGGCUUACAGUAGAUUUGGAAGGAAUAGUAUAUGUUUGGUAUAUAGAUGGAAUAUAUAAAGUAGUUCUAGACAGUGUUUUGGCACACUCGACAGUAAGACGAGUUUCCGAUGUUGAAGUAGGUGCUAUGACGUUUGAUAAUUCUAAUAAUAUAAUAUAUUCGAAUGAAAGGUCCUUGUAUAAGUUGACUAAAACGGAUACUACCAAAUGUUAGGUAGUCAUUCGCAUUGUAAUCUUAAAACUGAAAAAAAAGAGUACAAAAAGAUCAAUACUUAUUUCUUUCUCCUUUUCUGCUCAUUCCAAUAUGGAGAGAAUAUUUAGCACAAAAUCAUUAACUUUUAAUAGAAAAGUAUUUCUCACUUGUCAUCGUAAAAAUUGUCUUUAUUUCGUGUGUAGACUGCACAUGAGAACUAUUUUUUUAUGGUCGGCUUUAAAAUACGACCAAUAUUGACUAAUAGGCCAGGCAAUGAAUGCUCAAAAAAGUUAUAGAGGGAAAUGCUUGGAACACAAUUUUUGACUUCGUAACUUUAUUUGGAUUAGUUGGGAGAUGAACGUACCAAAAGUCCCCGGCCGUUGCCGGGGGAGGGGAAGGGGGUUUGAAGAUCCCUUUUUUCCUUUUUUCGAAUAUAUCUCGGAAACUAUGCAUCUUAGCUACAUGGCCACUUAUACAAAAUUGAAGUUGAUUAAAUUUGUUGCAAGUUUUAUUUGCUUAGUCAAGUUUUUCGAUAUCUUGUAUAGUUUUUUAGUUAGCAAUAAAAUCCAAAACCCUGCCAUUCAACCUCCUGGCAGAGUGUGGAGAACUCUAACAUUAGAACCAUCUUAUCCAUGUUUUGACCCAUGUUCGUUUUUCAAAAAUGCGUGUGUUUUAAAGGUACUUCGUAAUAAUAUUAAUUAACUAUAAUUAAUUAAGUUAGCUACCGUAAAAUGUGUCUACUUUUAAAUAACAAUAUGUAUCAACAUACACAGCAUAAUAAUUUUAAGAAAUAUUUUUUUAUACCACGUUGGUGGCAAACACGUAUACAACCCGCUUGAUGGUAAGCAGUCACCGUAGCCUAUGGCCUGCAACACCAGAGAUAUUACAUGUGCAAUAUGUAUUUCGAAAUUUGGAGCAAAGUAGGCUCAUUUUACGGGACAUUGAUUUGUUAAUACUUCUUGUAAAUUUAUAUUGAAAAUACCUAUUAUAAAUAAUUGUUGUUAAUUGUAAUUAUAUAAUUUAUGCUUAAGAUGUGUUAGACCACCAAAUUUCUGUGAUUUGUUGUAAAGUUAAAUUCAAAUAAUUGCUAAGAAAUAAAUAUUUUUCAUUGAGA